UUUAAUUCUGCAAUUGCCAUAUUUUCUACGUCAUUUCACUUAUCUAAUAUGCCGAUCGCUCAAAAAUCUGAUCCAACAAUCAGCUGGUUCAACAACUGAUGCAUACACCGGUAAAAAUAAUGAUUUACCUCACAAUUCAGAUCACAAAAUUUGCAAGCGAUUUUUAUAA